AUUACAGGUGGCUUUAUAGCUCAAAAAUACCCAGAAAACAGGCGUUCUGUCUGUGAGCGGUGUCACCUUUCCACAGAUCUGACCUGUAACUUGGGCUGGUUUGGUUUCCGUGAAGAUAUGAAGGUUUAAUUCCAUACUGUGAAGCAUUCCAGUCAAAGCAACAACAUUUCCACAGAGAAAAGCAUUUAAAGCCUCCACCAGAAAAGUUACACAAUGCACCUUUAAAGCAAAAUGGUGUAACUUUCUCGAGGUGGCAUGUCACCUGCAUGAUUCCAUGGAAAUAGAAAAUUUUAACUUUGAAACAUUCUCCAUGAAGAUGUUUUAUGCUGUACUGUGGGAGAUUAUAGCUAAAAGGUUGUGCAGUGAGGCUUUAAAGGUGCACUAUGUAACAUUUCUGGUGGGGGGGGGUACUGAAAUGUUCCACAGUACAGCACAACAAUACAGCAUCAAAAGUUUUAUAUUACAGGUCCUAUACUAUGCAAAGGGUCCUUUAUGAUGCAAAAUAGACUCUUGUGAGCUUUAAGCCAUGUUAGAAUGUUGUUACCUCCUCAAAAACACACCCACCUUGUGAUGUCAUGUAGCUGUAGUUUUCAGCUUAACAGCUGCCUUCCGCUAAUGUUGUUCAAUUCCAAAGCUAAAGUCAUCCUAAUGAUUAUAGUGAAUGUGUAUGGAGUUUAUAGACUCUGACACAGUGGAGCACUUCCUGUAUUACCAUAUGACAUCACAAGGUGGAACAGAGGGUUUUCUGUUUUAGAAAAGAACACAGUCUAAAUAUGCAGGGUUUGUGUGUUAAACAUGUGAAUGAAACACAACACAACUCCAGGUCUGUUUGUGAUGAGGAAACAACAUUACAACAGAUCAGAAAACAGUGUAAUAAUGACCCCUUAAAUUUGCUAUUCAAUAACAAAUGUUGUCUUCCAAUGAUGUUCAUUUGGUCUUCCCAUAAUUUAUGUUAUUAAGUGUUUUUUUCAGACUAAGAGUCUGUUUUCAUACCUGACAAUUUGGACUCCUAAUAACAUAACAAAUGUAUUCAAAUAUACACCAUGGAAAACAUGCAUUCUCACGGUGAGCGGGCUCCCUUCUCCACAGCCUGGUGCUGUCACCGACUUGUCUCCAUAGAGAUUGACAAGUUUUAUACGAUGGAACUGUGUUUCAUAUUGUGGAACAUUAUAAGCAAAGCAAUAACAUAUUCACCGAGGCAAGCAUGUGACACCAGAAAAAUGAACGUACACCAGAAAAAUGACAUAAUAUCAUCUGAUACAGGGCACUUUAGUUUAGAGACUUAGACUUAGGCAAACUUUAUUGAUCUACAGGGAAAAUUUAUAGUUUUUUAACGAUGUACCUGUUUGCCCACUUUUACAAUGGCAAUAAAACUUGAAGUUACUCAUUGAAGUGACUCCACCUCAGGCUCCAAGGAGCAGCAUUCCUUGGCAAGUAGACAGAUAUUGGCCAAAUGUAUCUGCACAUAUCUUUUAAUUACACCAAAGUUGCAUUGAAUACAGUUUAAAGGGGAGUUUUACUUUCAGUUUGAUUCUCAUUUCUGUUUCCACAAGUUUUCAUCAUGUAACUCGACUCUAGUGAUGUUUAUUGCAACACUUCUGAAAAUCAUUGUUACUUUCAAUGAACAGGAUCACUUCCAAGUGGUUAGAGCAUUACCUAAGAGUGUGUGCCUGGAUACUUUCUGCUGAGAGAGCGAUUUCUUUGCUUGGUUUUGUGUGCCAAAUUCACUGUAAUUUAUCGGAAAAGGCUACAAAACAAAACAUCUGGAUAAAAACAGUUCAAUAUGUUUUAUGGUCAGAUUUCACUCCAAGAACAGGGACUGUGGUCUCUUUAAGGGGCUGUAACUAAUUUCAAACCAUGAGACAGGGAUAUGUUUUAGCUUGAACUUUUAGCCCCAUCCAUUUUCCACUUUCUCCUCCUUUCUGCCACAGGCCCGUCAACAGAAAUUUGGGGGCAUGGGCCAAGGAGCCUCAUAUGGGCCCCUCUUUAAAAUGAUUUAAUAGGAGGAGGGUCCAAUUCUGGGGCCCAGGAAGCCAGACCCCCUUUGUCUUCCCAUGUUUUCUACCCUGCCUGGAAAGCUGAAACCACACAUUUUGUCAUUUUGUCUCCCUGAUUCCAGAGAGAGGGACUCACAGGCGGAUCAACCAAUCAGAGAGCAGAGAGAUAACAACAUAGAGGACUGACAAAUUGUGUAGAUUUUCACAGAAUCAAAAAUCGAAGCGCCAAACUCUUUUUUAUCUCGAGUAAAAGUUAUAUGCAUUUAUUUAUUUAUUUAUUUUGGGCAAGUAACCAUUUUACGUUCUUUUACAAAGGAAAAUGGUUUUAUCCAUUUUGACAUCAGUGCAAUCGUGCUAAAAGAAACAAAAAACUAAAAAGUGGGAAGAAGAAAAACGAACUAUAUUCCGUUCUGAAUCAUAAGAGAAUUUUGGAGAGGUGAUGAUGAUUUGAGAGUACAAAUUAGUGGCUUUGGUUGGACCUUCUCAAGUUUGGAUGGAGGUUUAUACGACGCUCUGUGGUUUAUUUUCCUACCCUUCUGGAUUUAAACAGGAUGUAGAAAGGACUGGUUGGUCAAGCAAGAAAACAGUGUCUGGGAUAGCAUCGUGCAAUUGUUUCUUAUAGUUGCCUAAUCUCCAGAAAGGUAUUUUGUGUUUUUUCACUAUUAAAAAUGCACCCUGACAGAGAAUCGAGUGUGUAAGAAAGUGUCAGACAGUUGGUUUUCUAUGAUUCUAAGGGCUUGUUUACAUGAGAACACUUGUGGGUAAAAACAACAAAAUAUUUAAUCUGAUGUGCCUUUCGUUUAGACGGUGACGGCAUUUUUGGGGCUUAAAAACGCAAAAAUCUGAAAACCAUCCUCCAGAGUGGAAAAGUUAAAUACGCUCCGCUGUAGCGUUUCCGUCUACACUGCCCAAGCCACAAAACUCUGAUCAGAUCUGCUCACGUCGUGUACAUACUGUACACAGAAAAAAACGUAUAGCCAUAGCCGCCUGGCAUGCAUCCAGUUCCACACACUUUUGCGUCACCGCACGCAGAUUUCCUCCCGAAAACGCUCGUCUAAAUGGGGAAUAAAAAGUGAAGAUGUAACGCCAUUUUUGCGUCUUCUGUUCAGAUCGUCAUCAUAUAAACGUAGCCUUAGUAACAAUGUGCCUGAUUGGAUGAAAAAAGUGACACUGUUGAGAAAAUGCUACGUAAACUGAAUAGUUUAUAAUAACAAUAACUGUACAGCUUAUUUAUAUAUUGCUUUUCAGGACGCUUACAGCUACAUACAGUCUUUUUUUAAACUUAUCUAGAGGCUUUUAUGAUACGUGCACUCAUCUUGACGAGAAUAAAUUAAAGGUUCCUUAUGUAACAUUUCUGGUAGAGGGUCUUCCACUUGGUUGUCUCCAUGGGGAUGUUAUUUAUUUCUUUAUGCUAUUAAAGUUUUUCUAUCUUGCUUAAAAUUUUCUAUCUUGCUUUUUUCAGGUGUAUAUAUUGCUAAAUAAUACUUUUAAAAAAUAUUCCUCACUAUGUACGCUCUGCCUCUCCACAGAUCUGACCUGUAACAUGCUCCACCUGCUUGUCAUCAUGGAGAUAAAUAAGGUUAAAACUGUAACAUUUCAGUAAAUCAAUGAUAUCCCCGUGGCGGAUGCUCCACCAGAGAAGUUACACAGUGUACCUUCAAAAUCAGGUGCAAGGGAACUACAUAGACCAUGAUCCUUUGCACCGUUUAAGUGCAGACUAUAUGAAGAAAUAACUGUUUUAGCUCUUUUAAAUCUUACUUCUUCAUGCCUUACAUCUUGUUAAGGCAUUUUAAGAAGGAAAAGUAGCAUAUUCACAAUUUUGGAAUAAAUAUCGUACCGAGUUUACAAUACGGACCAUAUGAGGGGACAGUGGUUGUGUACCAAAGGCAGUGCCUUUAUCAAAGCUUCUCUUGCCUGUCAGGAAGAUGUGCUAAUGUGUUUGUGCAGCCGAAUCCCAGAUAAGCCCACGUCUGUCAAGUGUCAGCCUGGCAGAAGAAUGGUCGAGCCAGGAAAAGUGACGCACCAUAAGCACAGGGUAUCUGAAGGUCACCUCAAACAGCCCAGGAAUGACGGACAGUAGUGGAGUGAGGAAUCAGGUGAGUAAAGCGAUAAUUGCCUUGAUCUGACGACAAGAGUGCGCAAACAAGAGGAAGCCAUCCCAGUGUGGUGAGAGAAAAGGCUGCGUCAGGACCAUGUGUGGGACCUGACAGCUUGUUGAUGAAGUAUUAGUAGAAAUUAUUAAACAAACAAUUUAUUUCUAUUCAAUUUACAUAUAUUUAUUAUACCACAUAUUACUUACAAAAGAAAAGAAAACACCCUUCUUGCUCAAAAGGCAGUGAGAAGAAGUAAAAACAUAUUUUAUAUCCAGGUGGGUGGAGUAGACAAAAAUUAUACACAAGUAAGAGUAACAUUACUUCAAAAUAGUAUUAUGCAAAUAGAAGUAUAAAGAAGUGAUCCAAGAAAUUAUUCCAAAAAAAAGUAUUUGGCAAAGGUAUUUCUAACUGCCAGAAUGUAAAAUCUGAUUUAUAAUUUAGAGUUAAUGCAUUUGGUAGGACAGAAAGUGCAAAAUCUGACAGUUUCAAAGGAUAGACACAAAAAUCCAAAAAAACUAAAUCAUUUCUGAAGGAGAGGUGAAAGAAACACAAACGUUCAGAUCAUUUCACACUGUCAACAUAACACUUUUGUCAUUAAGUGGGAAGAGUAACUAAAACCUUUACUCAAGUAAGAGUACUGUUUCUGUUUUACUGUUUGUAAAAAUAUUACUCAAAUGGGAGUAAAGUAUGGUCAAGUCAAAUAAUGCAAACAGAAGAAAAUUAUUUCCAUAAAAUGGAUCUCACACUAGCACAGCUGACCCUGAAUGACUUGCAGCACCUUGCUAAAAAUACGAGUGAGUUAAUGAAGCUGACAGCUAUAAGAAUCUGUGUUCAGUCACCUACUACAAUGUGAAAUGUUGAGCAGAAGAUAUUGCAUACCAUCUUAAACACAGAAGUUAUUUUAUUUUUAAUCUAUAAUGAACAUGGUCAAAAAGUGCUCAAAAAGAGACAGGGAUAGAACUCCAUCAUAAUAACAAUAUUUCUAUUUCUUGGACUCACUGAGCAUUCAUUUCAUUUCAUUCACAACUGUAAAAUUGCACCUAGUCUCAUGUUAUUUUAAGAUAUCUUUUUUAGCACAGAAUGCACCAGUGUGCUGUACAUGCUCAAGCAGCAGCUAAUAGAGCCCAUAAUUUACAACACAAAUAAACAGAUGAAGAAAAUCCACUGUGGAGCACCCACCCAAACAAAAUGUGCACCCAGAAGGAGGCUGGAGGCCGAUGUUUAUAAAAUCCUCAUUAAGGAAGUAGUGAGAUAAGGCCACACGCUCAUGUGCAGCACACUGCAGCUAUGCAGCCUAUCAUGUCAGUGAUAAGGGCAGAGGACUCACCCGGAGCAGCCAGAGCUCUCAAAGACCUGACCGAGGCACAUCAGACAUGAGUGGCACAGACUGCACCACAGCCAGGCCACCCUGUCACCGGAACCACUGCCCGUGCUCACAACACUUCAAAAAGUGUUCACAAGGAUAAAUACUGCAGGAAGCCUAUCCCCACUCAACCUGUUACACAGACUCAGAGAGUGGGCCACUGCACUGACCUGCGGGACACAGCAGGCUUGGAGAUACGACAAGUGAACUUUGAGUGGAUAGAGAUUUUUCUUCUUGUUGCACCAGCCCAUUGACAACCCCAAAGGGUGUCAGCUUCAGUGUGAAGACUUCUCUCAUGGCGAGCACUUGGAUCUCUGAACUGGGACCCAUCUUAAACUCUAAGCCUGUGCUGCUGCUUCUUGUGACUGCGCUCCUCCAGGGCCCUCAGAGCUCUGACAGCAGCCCCAUCCUGAGUACCCAUCAGAGGCAUCGGCCCGACCCAGGUCUGGGCGACGGCCAUGGAGGGGUGGUGGAGGUAUCAGAGUUGGAGCAGGAUGGAGCAAUGAACAUUCAGUUACUGGAGAGUCUGAAGGAGCAGUUCCUCAGGACAUUUAACCUGAGUGGAUCUGGUCCUCAGCUGUCUGCAGACAGCACCAGAGAGGAGCCCCCGGAGUACAUGAUGGAACUGUACAACCGAUUUGCCAAUGACCACAAUGCCAUGCCCACGGCCAACAUCAUCCGCAGCUUUAAGAACGAAGAUACUUCGCCAAGUGUUAUCGAUGCUGGAGGGGUCAGACGCCAUAAACUUCUCUUCAACGUUUCAGUACCACACCAUGAGCGAGUUACGGCAGCUGAACUACGCCUCUAUACCCUGGUUCAGACUGACAGGCACCUGUAUGCUGGGGUGGACCGAAAAGUGACUAUCUAUGAACUGGAAUCUAAUGAAGAUGAAAACAACGCAACGGAAGAGAUACAAGAAAGAGAGGAUGAACUGAGAAAGGAGGAUGAAGAAAUACACCUUACAGAAUUGGCAUCAAGGCAAGUUUUCGGCACAGAUAACGGUUGGGAAGCAUUUGAUCUUACGGGGGCUGUCCAACGUUGGAGAAACUCUGAACAAGGAACUACACAUCAGCUUGAGGUGCACAUUGCAAGCAUGGUCAGUGACGAAAACAUCCCUGAAAUGGCAAAUGAAAGUGACAAUGCGAUUUUGCAAGACAUGAAAAUUGAUACGAGUCCUGAGGAGAAGCACAAGCCAUUACUGAUUGUUUUUUCGGACGACCAAAGCAGCGAUCGAAGAGAGGACAAGCGUGACUUAAAUGAGAUGAUUGAUCGAGAAACCUCCAACAUGGUCCUUCAAAAUGAGAUUUGGGAUGACUUGGAGAAGAGCAAAGAUUUAUAUGAGGAUGAAGAGGAGCCAGAUGAAGAGGAUCUCAUUCAAAUGAGGUCCAAUUUUAUCUAUGACACCGCAUCUCGUAUUAGGAGAAAUGCCAAAGGGAACCACUGCAAGAAGCAGUCCUUAUAUGUGGAGUUUAAGGACAUUGGUUGGGACAGUUGGAUCCUGGCUCCCACUGGUUAUGAUGCCUACGAGUGCACUGGGGUGUGCUCUUUUCCAUUGACAAAGCAUGUAACACCCACUAAGCAUGCCAUUGUCCAAACACUUGUAAACAUCCACAGUCCACAGAAGACAUCUCAAGCAUGUUGUGUUCCCACCAAGCUGGAUCCUAUCUCACUCUUGUACUUGGACGAUACUGGAGUGGUCACCUACAAGUACAAAUAUGAAGGCAUGGUGGUGGCCGAGUGUGGCUGCAGAUAGUGCUGGUUUUGACAGACUCUGACUCAGAAAUGUGAAAGCCAGCCAUUAGCUGAAACCACCGGAAAUGGGGGUUCAAUGGAUUCUACCAAAGAAAGUAUUGAAAAGCUGUAAACGCACCAAAGUGAUGCUUGUGGAAAGCAUUGGGACUGCAGUUGUUGUUGACAGUGGCGAUAGUGAGGUGUGUCCUCAGUGAGAGUUACACAGCUCCAGAUUUCCCAAAGGCUCAGGCCUGAUGCAGCAGGCACAGACUGGUGGGAACCGGACUCCCCCCUCACUUCCCCUGACAGGGUCUUCCUCUGCACUUAUCUGUGGCCAAACAAUCAUCAGCACUUCAUGGGCCUGAGGCGAGCGGGCGAGUGGGCGGGCUGCGAGGCCUGGACUGUCCUGCUGCUGGACCUGCCUUAUCUGCCCCUCUGUUUCCACUUCACAUGCCUCUGCUCAGCCUGAGCCCGGUGAUAGGGAGCUGUUUCAGAAACAUGUGUGGCACCAUUGGACUGAACAGUAUUGGUGUAGAACAAACUAUGCACAGGACACAGGGGCAGGGGUCACCCACAUUCCUGAAGUCAACCCACUGACCUAGUCUAUGCCCCCAACAUACCUCCAGCCUCUGGUUGGGUCAUCCAUCACUUUUAUCAAGAAAAGCCCUUUAGGGCAUUAUUAUGUUCAAAGCCAAUACUGUGAUUGUAAGCUGUAUUAAUAUUCAUUUGAUACCUCUGCUGCUUGUGUCAAUUUAUCUAUUUAUUGAGUUAAUUUAUUGAUUUUGACAAUGUACAAUUUUUAUUGUAGAUUUCAUGUUGUGACAAUGCUUAUGCAGCAUAAAGAUAUUUUUGGGAAGUAUUAUUAUUUACAGCACAGAAGAAUAAUGAAAUGCCUCUAUGGACACUCUGUUUCCAUUAUGUGUUGUUUAAGGAAAUUGUAGUUAAGGUCUUGACACAGUGCGCUGAAGUCUUGCUCAUUUUGUCUGACAGUAUCAGCGCACAGGUCAAAGUUUAUGUGUCACACAAACAAAGCAUCAUGGGAAACAGUACGAGGUGCGCUAAUGAACAAAAUGGAGGGUCUGUCUGUGUUGACAGCAAGCAGAUGCCAGUGAAGCUCUGAUGGAAAUGUGCUAAUAAAAAAAAGCAGAUCCAA